AUGAACCUUGCCCCUCUUGGCCUCUUCUGGUUGUUUUUAAUAAUUCCCAGGAUAAGAGCUGGUAAGACUUACAAAAAAAUAUUUGUUUUAAUUGUUUUAUAUUAUGUGAAUUGAUAUAAAUUUUAUAUUUUAUUAAAGAUGACAAGAAAUUAUGUGUCAGCAAUGUUUGUUUCAACGGCGGCAUUUGCGUGGUCGAAAGAGGGAUCAAUGAGGAUAAUCCGACGUUCCAAUGCGAAUGUCUCCCAGGUUUUACAGGGACCUUAUGUGAAGAACAAUUGCAAUGCAAUCUGAAAUGUAAAAACAAAGGACUUUGCCGGUUUCACAAUGGCUCAUCUGAACCUUUCUGUGAAUGCCCUGAGGGGUUUGCCGGUCUUUUGUGUGACAAAGAAGUGGAUUGUCAACAUUCAGGUUGUCCGGAAGAUCAGAUUUGUCUAUUGGAUUUGAAUUUGAAUAAGUUUUCUUGCGAAGUGGACAUCUGCCAGAGUCAGAAUCCCUGCCAUCACAAUGCAACAUGUAGACCCAUCAAGGUAAGGGGAUCUUAUUUAUUUUACGGGCAAAGUAAUGUCAUCGUUGCGCAAUUCUUGUGGUUACGUACUUUUAUGAGUUUUUAUUCCGUCUUCUCUUGUACAGAAAUAAGAUUCUUGUAAAAAGAACAGAGUAUAAAAGAUUACAAAUAAUCGUUGCGGCAGAACUCUACCCCUUUUCUGAACUUUACCCCAAUCUGAACUUUACCCCUUUUUCAACUCUACCCCAAAAAAGGCUGAACUCUACCCCUUUUUUGAUUUUCGCCAAAAAAUCUGAACUCUACCCCUUUUUGAACACUACCCCAUUUUGAAAAUUGAAAAAAUAAGGUGUGACAUCUUAUACGAUGAAAAAUUUUUUUAAAUUGAGAAAAAUCAGGUGUGACAUCUUAUACGAUGAAAAUUUUUUUCAAAUUGAAAAUAAUAAGGUGUGACAUCUUAUACGAUGUAAAAUUUUUUCAAAUUGAAAAAACUAGGUGUGACAUCGAGAAAAAUCAGGUCACACCUGAUUUUUCUCAAUUUGAAAAAAUUUUCAUCGUAUAAGGUGUCACACCUUUUUAUUUUCAAUUUGAAAAAAAUUUUCAUCGUAUAAGGUGUCACACCAUAUUCUUUUCAAUUUGAAAAAAAUUUUCAUCGUAUAAGGUGUCACACCUCAUUUUUUCAAUUUUCAAAAUGAGGGGUAGUGUUCAAAAAGGGGUAAAGUUCAUUCAAGGGGUAGAGUUGAAAAAGGGGUAAAGUUCUGAAGGGGUAAAGUUCAAAAAGGGGUAGAGUUGAAAAAGGGGUAAAGUUCAGAAAAGGGGUAGAGUUCAGGUUCAACCACAAAUAAUAAUUUACAGGAUGAUUUUAUUUGUGAAUGCACCAAGGGCUUGCGAGGAAGAUUGUGUGAUGAGGAUGUGAAUGAGUGCGAGGAAGAGUUGAUGCCUUGUCUGAAUCAUGGAGAAUGUGAGAAUAUCUUGGGGGGAUUCAAUUGCAAAUGCCCCAUUGGAUUCGAAGGGAAGAUUUGCGAACAGAGGGUCGGCCAGUGUGUCCAGAAACCUUGCGUUCACGGCCGUUGUGUAGACACUAUUGAUGGAUUCAGAUGUGAUUGUAAUACAGGAUUCGAGGGGAAACUCUGCAAUGUAAAUAGAACAUGAAUAUUUCUUUUUACAUGAAUUACAGAAAGAAGAGUGCACUGUAAAUGGGAGAAGUUGUUUGAAUGGGGGAGAAUGUGUGAAGGAGAGCAACGUCACCCGAUGUAAUUGUCCUCAAUCUUUCCAAGGAAAAUGGUGUGAUAGAUUACAAUUGGCGACUGAUGAAGAGAGUAUCACUACUGCGACUCAAAUAGCAGAUGAAGUUAACAGUAGUACUGUAAAUUCAUCCUGCAAUUGCUUAAAUGGAGGGGUUUGUUUGAGUGACGGUAAGUAUUAAUGUUACCCACAAAUAUACUGGACACUGCAACGUUUACGAAAUUUGAACACUUCCGGGAAAGCGGACAGUUCAGGAAUAAUAUUCUUAUUAUACAUACUGUUAAGCAAGUUUUUUUUUGAAUCUCUUCUGAAGAAACUCGAUUCAGGGGUUUUUGACGGCGCUGAUUACGAAAUUUUCAAAACUAACAAAGUAAAUCCAUUCAGAUGAUACUGCUAUAUGUAUUUGUUCCGGAAGUGUCCAAAUUCCCGAAAUGUCAUGACGUGAUAUAUUGUAGAUGCCUGUCAAUGUCCCCACAAUUUUGUGGGUCCUUUAUGUCAGACCGAAUGUAAUUGCUCCUCUUCUGAAUUGUGCAACCAAGGCCCUUCUACUGGUAGUUUUAAAUGCAUAUCGACCCAAUCAUCUACAGAUCAUGUAUCCACUGGACUUUUGUUACCAGGUAUUGAUCAUAAUACGGUAGCUGUGCAGCCAACAACGGUAGGUAUUGUUGGAUUGAAUCCAUAAUUUUUAUAGAAUAUCUCGAGUUGUGAAGAAUGCUCCAACUCAGAGAAGUGCGUAAUGACCAACAAUCAACAUCUCUGCCUUUGUUCUGUCGGUUUCCAAGGUCCUCUUUGCACUGAGAGAUCUCAUGUAAGCCUAAUUAAGUCGUCUAAAAUAAGAUCUUCAGAUCUGUGAAGGGGUCUCUUGCCAAGAAGGGCAGAUCUGUCGUCUUCGGAGAACUAGCAAAAAUGACGUUCCCUUCUGUUCGUGCCCUCCGGGUCUCAGUGGAGAGGGUUGUAAUCAAAGGACACCUGAGGCCAGCUUCAACGAAUCCUCGGUUGUAAUCAUUCAAGUCUUGGCUGAUCACAAAUUGGAUACGCAUUGGAUCCAAUUCAGAUUCCGAACAACUGUCCCCAAUGUCCAUUUUCUGACAGGAGAAUCCAUUUUAAAUGAUUUCUCCUACUCCCUCGGACUCUCUGAUGGAUUUCCUUACUUUGCUCUUAAGGAUCAGAAGAAGGAGACCGUAAAAGAAACCAGGGUCAAUGACGGGGAUUGGUAUCAGAUCACUUUGGCUGGCUCAGUAAACGGAACGGUGAUCGAGGUCAGCCAUUUCGAGACCGGAUAUGUGCUCGGCCAUAGACAAUUGGCCGCCAACAACUUCGAUAUCUUUUCCAUAAGGAUCGGGAGAGUUGAUAAAGGGCAUCAUAUGAUCGGAUGCAUGGGAAAUAUCAUGGUCGAUGGGAAUCCCAUCGACAUUUUCUCCAAGCAGUAAGUCUUUUUGUAAAUGGAAGAAUCGUAUUGUAGGAGAUCAAUUGAUGUGAGAAGAGGCUGUGAGAGGGAGGUCCAAUGCCGCCCCGAGACCUGUUCUCAUGGGGGAUAUUGUCUGGACUACUGGUCCUAUCACAAAUGCGAAUGCCGCCGUCCUUUCCUUCAGCCUGAUUGCCUCCACAAACUUUCCGAAUCCACAUUCGGGCAUGAGAAUGAGACUUCCUUGGCUGAAUAUGCAGGAGAUAAGAACAAUUUGGGCGAAUUAACCAAGGAGACCGAGAUAUCGUUCAUUAUCAGAACUAACAGGGACCUGGGACAAGUGUUUUACCUUGGCCAGACUUCUGAUGAUGAUACCACAACCUUCUUGAACGGUCGGCUUUCCAAUGGUACUGUAAAAGUAGAUGUGAGAUUGGGUGGAAGGAAGGUGUACUCGAUUAAAGGGAACACAAUUGUAAAUGACAACGAACCUCAUGUUGUUACAGUAGGAAGGAAUGGAAAUCAGAUUGAUGUGAGGCAGAUUCUAUUUAUUUGAAUUUGAAUGAUUGGAAAUAUAAGCAUUUACUCUUUUAGCUUUUCGUGGAUGGAAAACUGGACGAAUCUCUGAAGAUCGAUAGGCCUUUUGAACAUCCGUUACUGAUUGAUCGACUGGUUUUGGGGGGAAAUUCAACACAAAUUGGAGAGACGGAGGAGAAAGAAAUAUUUAAAGGUACCCUGCAAGAUGUCCGGAUUAAUGGAAACCCUCUGAUAUUGAGCAAAAGGCAGCCUGAUUUCAUCAAAGACCCUCUUUUCCUUACCUUGAUCGAUGCUCAGAAUCUGUUAGAGGUGAGUUUAUUACUCUGAAUACAUUAUAUUGAUUGAUUUAGGGUACCGUAAGUGAUGAGAUCUGUAUGAAGCUGACUCCUUGUGUGCAUGGGGAAUGUACUGAUACAUUCAAUGACUACGAAUGUAAAUGUGAACCAGGAUAUAUGGGGAAGAAUUGUGAUCUAAAGGAUUAUUGUAGCGCACAGCCUUGUCCUCUGAAUGCCCAAUGCAUCAAUACCCACGGUGGAUAUGUCUGCAAGUCCCCAUCUACAUUUGCCACCACCAGUGUCGCUGAAUUUACUCUGGUUGGUAAUUUGUCAACGGCUGAAGACAUAUUUGACAUCUCGUUUUCAUUAAGAACUCGAUCAGAAAAGUCUAGAAUAUUAACCAUUUCAUUGAAUGAGACCCUUCUCUGGAUGAAUUUAAGGGGUAAAUCUGUCCAAUUUGGAAUCACCAGUUCAAAUGGGACCCUAAAUGACACAAUCAAGACUGAUGUCAUCGACGGCCAAUGGCAUUCCAUCAACAUAUUUGCCAAAAACAAUCAACUUUACGUAAAUUUCGAUAACAUGUCAUCAUUGAAAGUAUUCAACGGAUAUAAUUGGACACGUACGAUGACUCAAGAUCUGCAGAAGAUUGCAUUUGGGAAGUAUUUGAAUGAAUCCGGCUUCAAGGUAUGUCUUGUCUGAUAUAAUAAUAUCAAUUGCAGGGGUGUCUGCAUAAUGUGAAGAUCUCCGAAUAUCCAAGCCUCUCUUUCUUCGGAUUAGAAGGCUUCGGUUUCCUGGAUGGUCCCCAUUUUGUGUCCUCGAGAUUAAUCAACCUCAGACCUGAUGGAUGUCACAGUAAAAGUCUGUGCGGGACUGACGGCAAUCCCUGUAAAAACGGUGGUUUAUGCAAAGAUCUGUUCAAUGCUAUCAAUUGUGAAUGUGUAAAGGGAUUCCAGGGACGAUUCUGUGAAGUAUGAUAUCCAUUUCAUUACACCAAAAAUCAUUCAUUUCAGAUCAACAUAAACGAAUGCAGUGAGAAUAUUUCUUGCGGAGAGCAUGGAGUUUGUGUUGAUGAUAUUGGAAGCUAUAGAUGUGAUUGUAAAAAAGGAUAUGCUGGGCCAAAAUGUGAUCAGAAAGUGGACUUUUGCAUUGAGAAUCCUUGUAGAAAUGGAGGAGAAUGUGAAAACAUUGAACAUGGAUAUCAGUGCAAAUGCUCCGAGGCUUAUAUGGGCAUGAAUUGUACGGUAAAGAGAGACACUCAUUGUAUUCAACGACCAUGUGCGAAUGAAGCUAGCUGUAAAGACAGUGAAGUGAGUCAUUUAUUUGACGUUUAAACCUUCUUUAGAUGGGACCAACUUGCGAAUGUCAAAAGGGAUUCUCCGGGGAUUUGUGUGAGGUCACACCUGGGGACAUGGAUUGUUUGGAGAUGCCCUGCAAGAACGGAGGAAGAUGUAAGACUACAUAUAAGAAUACAACAGCAUACUUCUGCGAUUGCCCUAAGGGUUUCGAAGGGCAAAACUGUGAUCAGCCAAAGGAUUACUGUCAUUCUGCUCCAUGCAAAAACGGAGAAUGCCAUAACGUCUUCAAUGAUUACAUCUGUGAGUGUAAUUCUGGAUGGGAAGGAAUGAAAUGUGAUCGAGAUGUGAAUGAAUGCCUCGAGGACUUCCCUUGCGAAAACAAUGGGACCUGUGUUAACACCAAAGGCGCCUUUUCAUGCAUUUGUCCCGAAUUCUAUUUCGGAGAGAGAUGUGAAAUUGCGGGUAUCUGUACUACAUCUCCAUGUAAGAACGGAAAAUGCACUCAAAAUGGACAAAACAACUACACUUGUGAGUGUAAAAAUGGAUACGAAGGAGUUAAUUGUGAUGUGGAAAUCGAUUACUGUAAACAACAUCCUUGUCUGAAUGGAGGAACUUGCAAUCGGAAGGUCGGAGGUUACACCUGCACAUGUAUUCCUGGAUUUAUGGGAGAAAAAUGUGAAACCGACAUUGAUGACUGUGCCGGAGGCAAUAAAUGUGCAAAUGGAGGGAAAUGCAUCGACCGGGUGAAUGGAUUCGAAUGCAAUUGUAGAGAAACCGGGUAUAAAGGAACGCAAUGUCAAGAAGACAUCAACGAAUGUGAUGAAGAAGGUCUCAAUUGUGUGAAUGGACAUUGUGAAAACCUCCCUGGGUCGUAUUAUUGUCAUUGUAAAGAUAGUAAGUUAACAGGAGGGAUGUAACAUCGAAAUCUAGAUUUCAUUGGAUCCAAAUGCAAUAUGAUUAACCCCUGUUCGAUGUCAUCCUCCAACAAGACGUUACAUAAUUGUGUUCACGGAGAUUGUAUUAAUCCAAGAGUCAUAAAGAAUGCCUCGGGAAGAGAGUUGAGUCAGUAUGACUGUAAAUGCCACGAAGGAUAUACGGGCUCGCAAUGUGUGCAGAUGGUAGGUGCAACAUGACUUGAGUUGACACUCUUCUUUCAGGUAGAGAAACAGAGAUCGGUCUCUUUGGGAUAUAUCAUUGGUCCCUCGGUAGUAUUAUUAAUAGUUUGUGCCGUCCUGGUGUGCAUGUUAUUCUUUUUUGUGGCCAAGAAUCGAAGAGCAAAUCAGGGAACCUACAGUCCCUCAAAUCAGGAAGUAACUGGCGCCAGAGUUCAGGUAUCCAUCCUCCCGCUUUUGUGUAAUAUUACGAAAAUGUGAUCUAAUAUUCUCCUUGCAGAUGCACACCAUUCAAAAGCCAAUCAAAAAACAAGAGCGACUCAUUUAA